AUGUCGGACGAUGAGGCCGACCCUGAACUCGUCGAACUGCUUCGGCAGCAUAUUCAAGGGCGACUCAGGGUGAGCGAGGAGCCUGAGACUGGUGUUCUUCAAGAUGCCGAGUAUGUCUACGACAACUCGAUCGACGUCGCCGUGGAUAUGCGUUCGACCAAAAACGCAGCAGCUGCCAUAUACGACGCGAUGCAGAAAAAAGCGUAUUCCACCGCCACCUGGAGUGAGCAUGAAUUGCACCCAAAGCCUGAUGGCGGUGAAGCCACUGUCGCUUUUAUCUUUACCAUGGACCUGCUCAACUUCAGUUUCUGGUCUGAACUGCCGGAUGAUAAGCGCUUUUCCAUCGAGUACCGCGGGAAGAAGUGGACAGGCUACUGGAGUUUGGUGGCUGCUCUGCAGAGGGCAUUGGAAGAGGGGAUUCCCAUCACGAGUUCCGAUUUCUGGCAAAGCGAGGAUGAAUGUAAUCUGGAGGUUCUGAAGCAGGUUUUCCGCUCCGCCACAGACGAGGAGAUGCCGUUGCUCGCUGAGCGUCUCUCUUGUCUUCGUGAAGCAGGACAGGUCCUAUACGAAAAAUAUUCGUGCAGUGCAGCAAAUAUCAUUAAGGCGGCCGAUGGCUCGGCGGCUCGAUUUGUCAACAUCCUGGCUCGCGACUUUGCCUGUUUCCGUGACGAGCACCAGUUACCAGGCGGUCGCCGGAAACCAGUUCGUAUCCUCAAGCGCGCUCAGAUCCUAGCCGCAGACCUCUGGGCUUGUUUUCAGGGCGAAGGCCCCUAUGGCAGCUUCCGAGACAUUGACAAGAUUACCAUGUUUGCCGAUUAUCGUAUACCGCAGAUUCUGUGCAGUCUGGGUUGCAUUGGCUAUAGUCCUCCUUUGGACGUCGCUAUUAAGGAAAAGCGACUGUUGGAAGCUGGCGGUGUUUGGGAGAUGCAGUUGAGAGGUUGGUUUCACGACAUGAAAAGUCGCCCAUUUCUCUCAUACACAACACCGCUAACCUUUGUUUGCAUGGCUGAAGCCUGCAGUAUCUGGUGUGUAGAGCUUUUGCGGAGAGAAAUCCAGCGGACGCACCCAGAUACCAAGGUCAACGCUAUAUUAAUCGAUUUCUUCCUGUACGACACGAUGAAGGAGAAAGAGGCUGCUGGGCAGGAGACGGUCCCACACCAUAGGACUCGGAGCAUCUGGUAUUGA